AUGGCAGAAAUGCUGCUUCUAAUUUCAAUGUUGCUCGUGCAUGUGCCCUUCGCAGAUCCGGUGAAGUGUUUCUCAUGCGAUGGCCUGCACUGUGUCGGAGCGCUAUGCGAGGGAACAGCUUGUGUCAUAGCGAAAUACGUGCCCAUCUGGGGGACGGCAAGCCUUGGAAAUGCUGUUUACACGAAGGGCUGCGUUUCAGGUACCCUGAUGAAAGAUAACAUCCAGGACCACUGCGACACGUCGUCCGAAAACUCGGAUGAUAUCUAUAUGUGCAUCUGUUCAUCAGACUUUUGCAACGCGAACAUGGUUAGCCAGAAGAGAAAAAUGGCCACGCUUGUAAGCUGUGUGUGUCGUGGGCCACACUGCAAAGACAGCGAUGAGUGCAUCGGCCAUUACUGUACUUACGUCACUGACAAACAAAGCAAUACCGUGACCAGAGGGUGCGCUAACUACUCGACCCCUCUAGUAGAGCGGAAGGGGGACGGCAGUUGUAUCCAGCCGCCGCUUACCGGUGCCACCGUACAUGGAAAAGAUAUCGGCAAUGCAGUGAACAUCGAGAGCUGCUUGUGCUCGAGGGACAACUGCAACCGCCAUAAACCAAGCAUGUUGGAUUCAAAGCGCAGGACAUGCAGAACACGUAUGCAGCUGUCAUGGAAUGGCCUGCAGACGCAACAAAAGGAUGGCACAUGUACCGGAGACAACUGCUUUCACGUGGCGGUAAACGCCACCGACAGUCAGACGUUCUACUACGCUGAAGGAUGUGUGUCUUUCACACAAGAUGCAAAGGUCCUUCAGGAACUGAACGAAUAUGGCUGCCUGCGUUAUGAGACUUCGUCGGUAACCAUCGACACAUGCUUCAACAGGGCGGGCAAGGGGCGCGACCCGGACGAACCCGCAGAACAGGUCAUCGCAUUAUCGCCCAUUAUUGCUGCAAAAGCUGCAACCAAGCAAACCACUACGGCAACCCCGUUUGAACAAGAAGCCAAAGAAGAAACGGCAGAAGAAAACGAGCCAGAGAAAGACGAUGAGGAAAACGAGGAUACCACAGAUGUGAUGAUUAUUUCGACAGAGGAAGAAAAUCAGAACGAGACAGUGACCCAAGGAAAUGAGCCAUACGGUACUCCCGCCUCAGGUGACGAAUUUCCAACACAUACGGCAGAAGAAAAGGAAGAACUGUAUGAUGAAACGGCAGUUACAGAGGAGCCGGAAGUGAGCGUGAACGAUAACACAGCGUUGGUAGUGGCAUUUGUGGUCAUCAUGAUCAUUAUUGCGGUUGGAGGACUGGCAUGGAAAUGCAACCUCCGCGAUAAACUGUUCCAUGCACAUUAUCAAUCCGUUUCCAGGUGA